GGUGUUUACUUGUGYUAUGAACCCAGCUUCUCCCAACCUUGAUUCCGCUCUGAACGAUGGCUGCAGGUUCUACUUCUACUGAUAGUAUGGAGACUGAACACCUACUCGACAAGAAUAAAGACCGCAYAUUCYUCARUAYAUUAGUCRCCGGUAAAACUGGGGUUGGGAAGUUUCGUCUUGAAAACGCUCUYGUUGAUAGAAAUAUUACUAAGRAAGAUGCGUGUAAAUCAACUCCGUAUGAAACUACCAUCGAAAAUGUUGCUGUUAAAGUKUGGGAUUCUCCUGGAUUACAAGACGGAACGAGUAAUGAAGACCAGUACAUACAAGACAUGARGYACRACAUCRAGGACAUUGCUUUGAUGAUCUACUGUGUCAGAAUGGACGAGRCAAGAUUCUAUGACGCAGACAAGAAAGCCAUCCGAAUACUGACAGAGGAGUUUGGGAAGGAMGYGUGGAAGCAUGCUGUAGUGGCUUUGACUUUUGCRAACAAGGUUGAAGACCCUGAUGGGGAAGACRAGUUARRAUAUUUCYAAUCSCAGCUUGAAGAAUGGAARAAGCAGUUUAAAGAAUACUUUGCAUCAGUUGGCRUCGACCCRRAAGUCUGURUUCCAGUGAUUCCUGYGGGGAACAAGUUAAAGUCCAUGCGUCUACCUGAUCGAGAAAACUGGMUUUCUGAUCUGUGGAUCGAGUGUCGCCGAGUCAUGAAGCCUUCUUCUUCAACACUUKUUAUGUACCGCAUCGACAGCCAACGGCUUGUGAAGGCCUUAGAAUCAAGAACCACAUUAGACGCUGGAGCAUAUGAAAGCCAACAUCAAGCAAGCCAGUCUCAGCGGACUCAGCCUUUGGCGGUAGUAAAAUAUUUAAUCGAUAAAUUAUGGGAGUACUUUGGAGGUCAGUACUUUGAAG